GACGACGACGACGAGAGUAGAAGUUCUAGGCUCCAGCCCACGCCACGCCUCGCGCUGGCACGAAUUCUCGGACGCAAAACCCGGAGCCGAACGCGGGUGUGCCCCUAGCCGCCCAACUGCCUGCCCUCCGCGCCCGUCAUAAAUCCUCCGCCGCGCCCGCCUCUGCCACCCCUUCUCCGGCCCGCUACGCGCACACUUCUCCCUCCUCUCCUUCUCCUCUGACCAACGCCACUACGCGUGUUUAUAUAGCUGCACUGCCCCCUCCUCUCUCUCUCUACGCGUUCGUCUCUCUCUGUGCGCACCAAGUGACGCGUCACUGCGCCGCACCAAAGAGGGACCGCCGCUGCGCCGGAGAUGAGAUGAGAGGAUCCGUUUUUCUGGCGCUCCUUGCCGCCGCCGCCGCCUCCUCCUUCGGCGCGGCGGCCGCGGCUUCAGAGGGGCGGCCGACGGUGGCGGUGGAGGUGGAUCCGUCGUGGCGGUUCCCGAGCCGGCGCCUGCGGGACGCGUACGUCGCGCUGCAGACGUGGAAGCGGCAGGCCAUCUUCUCCGACCCCAACAACCUCACCGCCGACUGGGUAGGCCCGGGGGUGUGCAACUACACGGGCGUCUACUGCGCGCCGCUCCCCUCCGGCGGCACCCACCGCCGCGGCGCGCUCGCCGUCGCCGGGGUCGACCUCAACCACGGCGACAUCGCGGGCUUCCUCCCGCCGGAGCUCGGCCUCCUCGCCGACCUCGCCCUGCUCCACCUCAACUCCAACCGCUUCUGCGGCGUCCUCCCCCGCGCGCUCCGCCGCCUCCGCCUCCUCCACGAGCUCGACCUCAGCAACAACCGCUUCGUCGGCAAGUUCCCGGACGUCGUCCUGGACCUCCCGGCGCUGCGCUUCCUGGACCUCCGCUUCAACGACUUCGAGGGCGCCGUCCCGCCGCGCCUCUUCGACCGCCCGCUCGACGCCAUCUUCCUCAACCACAACCGCCUCCGCUUCCAGCUCCCGGACAACUUCGGCAACUCGCCGGCGUCCGUCGUCGUCCUCGCGCACAACGCCUUCGGCGGCUGCCUCCCGGCCAGCGUCGCCAACAUGUCCGGCACGCUCAACGAGAUCCUGCUCAUCAACAACGGCCUCUCCUCCUGCUUCCCGCCGGAGAUCGGCCUGCUGCGGGAGCUCACCGUGCUCGACGUCAGCUUCAACCAGCUCGCCGGCCCGCUGCCGCCGGAGCUCGCCCUGAUGAGGAAGCUGGAGCAGCUGGACGUCACCCACAACCUGCUCACCGGCGCGGUACCGCCGGGGAUAUGCAACCUGCCGCGCCUCAAGAACUUCACGUUCGCCUACAACUUCUUCACGGGCGAGCCGCCGGCUUGCGCGCGCGUUGUGCCGCGGGACGGCGACCGGAGCAACUGCCUGCCCAACCGCUCGUCGCAGCGGACGCCGCAGCAGUGCGCCGCCUUCUACGCCCGCCCACCUGUCAACUGCGCCGCGUUCCAGUGCAAACCGUUCGUCCAGCCCAUGCCGCCGCCGCGUCUGCCUUCACCGCCCCCGCCUUCGCCACCUCCACCAUCGCCGCCGCCGCCAUCUCCACCUCCACCACUUCUGUCUCCUCCUCUGCCGCCACCGCCGCUGCCUUCACCACCGCCACCUCAACUUCUGCCGUCACCACCACCACCAUCACCACUACCGCAUUCCCCACCUCCACCAUCCCCGCCUCCUCCAGCGCCAGUCUAUCACCCUCCACCACAGUGCCCGCCAUGCCCCGUCCUGCCGCCACCGCUGCCCUGCACCCCAACACAUCCAUGGCCACCGCCACCGCCACCACCAUAUUACCCCGGCCCAUUGCCACCCACAAACCCUGUCCGAUAUGCAUCGCCUCCUCCCCCACAGCAGCACCAUCCAUGGCCAUCAGUACACCCAGUUCAAUAUGGAUCACCGCCACCCCCUGCGCUGCAUCGGUAGAAACCAAUCUCAGACGCAAGAAAGGAUAGCUGGUUCUGCUCUUGCCCAGCCCCCCUGCGGCAAUGGCUAUAGCCUAUAGCAGUUACCAGAUUCACCGGUGUACGUGGUCAUUGUCACGCUUAGCGAAUAGCGUUGGCUGAUGGCUACAGGCCUCGAGAGAGAGCGUGGUAAUCUCCACAGAAUUUUCUGAGUUAUGGUUUGUCGGUGUCGGUCGUUGCUGCUGAAAGGGACUGGAUUGAAGGUGGUGGUGGGGCUUUGGAGCGUGUAGGCUUCGGAUUUGUGGUUAAUUGGCUGUGAAUAAAGGAGAGAUUGAGAGGGACAGAAGGAGGAGGAUUGUAGGUCCAGCGAUCUAUCAUAUAUCUGAGUGUAUAGAGAAGUUCUAGCCCGGUUAAGUUCAGUCAGGCAUAAAAGUUUAGAAACAACAAAAAUUCCAUUGCCAUUUGUUCCUUUUGUAUCACAGCUACCAUCGAUUAUUUGCUCUUAUAUUAUUCACUCCUUUUCUUUAACA